GUUUGUAAGAACCCCGCAGGGUCAUUGACAUACCGUAAUGGAUGCAAUAAUACGCGUUUGGCGUUAUUGGGGAGAUUUCGAUAAGCACCAGUCGUGUCCCCCCAUUCCAUUGAAUGCAUGCUCAUCGCAUUAAAGAUUGGGAAAUCCUUCGAAUACAUGGGACUGGAGACCGAUCCUCGCGGGAUUUUGAGUGCAAUUCAUGAGUCUAUGAUUUACGGCUCUCGCGUCGGCCUUUUCCCAGAAUUACACGCUCCCUUGGCAUACUUGGCCGCAAAAGCCAGACUACCUAUCCCAUUUGGCGGGGUGGGUGCCUUCAUCACAAAGGAAAUCUAUAAUCGGAGAAGUGGGAAGCUUUCUGGUGUCGAGGGCGAUUUCCUCGACAAAUUACUGAAGCUGAAAGACGCCGCAGGGUCGAUGACUGGGACAUCCAGAGUACCGUCGGCGCAAACAUUGCAGCUAUAUCAGGCACAACCGCCAUCGCUUUGAGCGCUAUCAUUUAUCUUUUGAUCAAGCAUCCAGAAAAUGCACAGAAACUUCGCCAGGAAACCAGAGAGUGUAGAAAUCUGGGGAAGGUUUCAACACCAG